CUGGCUUUGGGGUCACUGUGUUCUUUAUGCUCCCCCUUAGGAACUGAGCUGAUUUUGGAACAAAAACGCCAGUAAGAUGCCAUUAGUCUGGUACAGCUCCUGUCAACAGCUUCUGUUAAACGGGGUGUCUCGAUGUGGAGAGCAUUUGGAACGUGGGGAACCCUGUGGGGGUUCCAUUCCCUACACAGAACAGUCUGGGGAGUCUGUAAUUCCCUCACUUUACUGCUUCAGCCAACUUCAAAAAAUGCACUGGAAGAGCUUUUCAGAAGUGCUUCUAAGAAGAGUGCAAUUAUCUUCAGAACUGAGGGAAAACAUCUUUUUUCCCCAUGAUUAAAGGAUUUGUCUGACAACCUGUGCUAAAACAGUGAUGACCUUCAUAAGGAAAUGUUACCUCCCAACAGUGUGUGCUCCUGAACCCAGGAGAUGUUCCUGUGCAGUGUCAGAAUAGAAUUCACAUGGCUGAGGGAGAUUUUGGUAAAGCUUUUCUAGAAAACAUUUUCAGCAAGCUAAAGAGAACCAACAUACACAACUUAUUAAUAGGAAAAAAAAUAGCAAAGCUGCUUUAGCUCUUGAGCAGAGCAGAAUCCUUUCUUGACUGAGUUCUUAUUUAUUUACUGGGAAAACACAAAGCACAAAAAAUAGGCAGAAAAAUGUAGAAAAAAUAGUUGGUAUUUUGUCCUGUUCUGUUGCUUGCUGUGGAAAAGAGCUGUUCCUGGAGGGAUGAAGUGAAAGAAAAAUGCUCUCUUAUUUGGGCUGACUUGUUCCAUGGGGGAAUUCCCCACAAGAGGCAGUUUUCUAACAGCAUCUGAUUCAUCUUCUCUUGCCCACUGCAGAUCAGAUCACCCAAUUAUCCAGAGGUAAUCAAGGACACAGGACAGCCCAUCCCUUGGCCCCACCACUGCCACCAGAACCUCAGCUGGCUUCUUCCCUUCUUGGAGAGAAGGAUAAUGAGAAGGAGGUGGAUAAGAAACCUGCACCUGUUCCUACAGCAGAAUCAAUCUACAUGAGUUCUCUGCUGGGAGCUGAAGGUGCAGAAGAAGACGCAUUUCUCCUGCCUGGCACCCUCAGCAGCAGCAUGAGCACAAUGCAAGACCCCAGAGUCCGGCCACAGAAGAAAUCCGAGCUGACAGAGGAACUGCUGGAGCAACUGAGGGGCAUUGUGAACGAGGGGGACCCCGUGACGAAAUACACUGGAUUUGUUAAAAUUGGCCGAGGGGGUUUUGGGACUGUUUACAAAGCCAUCAACCCAGCCACAGGAGAUGUGGUGGCCCUAAAGAAGAUGCCUCUCCGCAAACGGAACAGAAAGGAACUCGUUGUCAAUGAGAUCCAGAUCAUGAAGGAAAACCGGCACCCCAAUAUUGUCAAUUAUAUAGACAGCUACCUGGUGGAUGAAGACCUGUGGCUUGUGAUGGAAUAUGUGGAUGGAGGCACUUUAACCAGCGUUCUUGUCCGAGUCUUUAUGGAGGAAAGAGUUAUAGCUGCUAUCAGCAGGGAGUGCCUCAAAGCCCUGGCUUUCCUUCAUUCAAAGAAUGUGAUCCACAGAGAUGUCAAAAGCGAUAAUAUUCUUCUCGGGAUGGACGGAUCUGUGAAACUGACUGAUUUUGGCCUGUGUGCUCAGCUGACCCCGGAGCGGAGCACACGGUGCACAGUGCUUGGCUCUCCUUACUGGGUAGCACCAGAAAUCCUGAAAAGAAAGGAGUAUGACACCCAAGUGGACAUCUGGGCCCUUGGGAUUGUGGCCAUUGAAAUGCUGGAGGGAGAACCUCCAUACUUUAAAGAAAGCCCUGCCCAGGCUCAGCGCCUGAUCGCCCAGAACAGGUACCCCCCUCUGAGGAUGCCCAGCAAGAUGUCCAUUCUGUUCCAUGCCUUCCUGCACUCCUGCCUGGACAUCGACCCCAGCAUCCGCUGGACAGCCAGGGAGCUCUUGGAGCAUCCAUUUUUACAAACAGCUGUGAGUCUCUCCAUCCUGCCUGAAUUGAUCCGUAUAGCCAGGAAAAUCUGUCAGGCCAUAGAAGCACUUCAUGCCACCAAAGCCAGCUCAGAGAAAAAACAGGAAUAAAAUUUUCACUCCAUUGGGAGAUUUGCUCCCUUCUCACCCGAUGGUUACAUUCACUUCUGAUUUGCUGGUUGUUUCUUAAAGAUGGAAAGUCCCAAUUAUGGAGGUUUUGGUAUGGUUUGGAAAUGGGGAAGGGUCUCCUUCAUUCAUCAACUCCAGACCACUCUGCCUCUGGAAUGCCCAUGGGCUGGGUUUUACCCAGUUAUGGCACUUCUGGACGAGGAAGAAAAUGCAAUUGCAUUUCCAAAUGGGUGAAGAAUGGGGCAGCCAAAACAUCCUGUUGGAUACACACAGUCAGCUGGGACUGUGGAGUGUUUGGAGAAUUCCCUGUCCUCCCUCCACCUGGAAGGACAC